UCAGCAUCCAUUCCUUCAGAUAUCACUAAUUAACAACGUAGUUCGGUUUCUGUACCACCAUGCCACAAGAUUUAAAAGCAAACAAAGUCCCCCCUUCCGGCCCAUACUCCGCACGUCUCAAUACUCUCAUUCGGUUUCUUGUGCUUGACUGCGUCACACAUAUAGGUAGCAGCGUUGCAAUGGGUGGAAAACGAAAACUUCGCCAACGCAUUGAGGAAUUGGAAAGGAAGCUCGCCAAGCGCUGCUCUUCGAGAAGUAGGAGCCGGACUACGAAACGGUCGGGAUUACGCCGUCGGCGUGGCCAUGGGAGCUGUUCCUCCUCCAGGUCCUCCAGUGCCUGCACUUUGCAAACCCAAGACUCUUGUCGUAGCCGCUCCUCCCUACGCGGGCCGGCGUAUAUUGAGGCGGCAAGGAGACGUAAUCGCAGCGUUUCUCGAGACCUGCCAGGUGUGUCGACCGUUACGCCUCGAGAUGUCUACAGCCCGAGCGGCUUAGCUUCCUCAAAAAAUAAUUCGCCCCCGAUUACCGCCGUCUACAGCCCGUGCGGCUUAGCUUCGGUAACUCGCUCACCUCCAGAACCCGGCGAGGACGACGUUCUCAGCCUGCACGGUGAUUGCGAUUUGUCCGAUGACAUCGUUCAAAUCUUAGGGGGAGCACCUGAAAAUACGAACACGGGCUCUAAGCUCCAUGAAAAAUUGUCAGCUAUUUGGCAAACUAUUCUACAAAAUGGUCUUGGUUCGGAGGAGUUUUCACAAUUAUUGGGAAAACAUAUUAAGCCAUCGAAUUGUGAAAAACUUACGCCACCCGAAAUAAAUCAGCUGGUCGCACAGGUCAUGACGAGCGGGCAUAAAAACCGAGACCUUACGUUAUCGAGUUCGCAGAACCAGUUAACGGCCGCGUUAUCGGCGCUGGGGCAAGCAAUUACUCGUAUUCUCGUCUCACAUAACACCGAGCUGUCGCCGGAAUUAAAAGACAAUUUAUUACAUUUCUUAGGUGACACAGGACGGUUGUUAACGAAUUUAUUCUUCUCUCUCACUAAAUUGAGACGGUCAUUGAUAUUUCCUCUCGUGAAUAAAGAGGUCAAGGCCGUACUUGAAAAAACUUCGCCUACUGAACAUCUUUUUGGAGACGGGUUGUCGGAAAAAAUUAGGGACGCCAAGGCGUUGCAGUCCGCGAGUUCCGGCAUUAAGGCCACUUACUCCACGUCCUUCAAAAAGCCGACACCAAAAAGGGGGGGGAGCAACUCGACCCCUCAUACCAAAGCGUUAAACAGAGGCAACGCCCGGUCCGUCGGGGAGAGACGAGACAAUACAAAGGGCAAAUCCCGAAAUCUUACAACUUCAAGGAGACGCGCUAUCAUCGGAAAUAAAUCAGGUUGGGGGGCCUGUGCGGCAGGAGAACGUACUCAUGGAUGGUGGAGGGAGGCGGAGAGAGAAAAACACAUCAACUGCCCGCCACCCAUUGUCGGAUACGCUUUCCCUGGUGGCAGCAGUUGUAUCAGCGAAGCCUUACAGCGCAAAGGUGCCCCGGUGGAAACACUAGACACCAUUCUUACCUCCCUAUCGUCGGCUACGAUUAAACAAUAUUCGACUUCUUACAAGCUUUGGUGGAGCUUUUGUGAGAGGCAGAACAUUUAUCCGUUUACUGGCACAGCAAAAAAUGUGCUGUCCUUUCUUCAAGAUUUGCUCAACAACGGUCAUUGUAAGUAUGGCUCCUUUAAUAACCAUCGCUCAGCGCUUUCGCUCAUCUUGCCGGGAUCAGUGGGAGAAGACCCCUUGGUGAAGAGAUUCAUGCGAGGUUUGUCACGUUUGCGACCAUCAAAACCAAAGUACAAUACAACAUGGGACCCACAACCCGUGCUGGCUUUCGUUGCAGGGAUGCAAACCCCGGACCUGAAAGGACUGUCACGAAAACUAGCCACCUUAUUUGUUCUUGCGACCGGCCAGCGCCUGCAGACAAUUUCGUUGAUUAAAGUUUCGGGUAUUCAGAGAUCCGAAGAUGGCUUACGUAUCUUUAUACCGGAUUUUCUGAAGACCUCAGGCGUCAACCGGCCCCAGCCGGUUCUCAAGAUCCCUUUUUUUGACAACGCUAAUCUCUGUUUGGCCCGCACUGUUGAGGCGUACUUAGAUGCAACACGUGGCCUUCGAAACGAAGAGGAUUUUCUGUUUCUAACCUUUAAGAAACCCCACAGAGUUGCCACGAAACAGACGCUUAGUCGUUGGGUGAAGGAGAUUCUUCACUUAGCGGGAGUAGACACCAACCAGUUCAAAUCCCACUCGGCACGCCACGCAUCGACUUCAGCGGCGUGUAGACUAGGAGUCCCCAUUGAGCAAAUUAAACAGACAGCGGGAUGGAGUAAGGAUUCCGAAACUUUUGCUCGCUUCUACAAUCGUCCCCUGACGAAUUCGGUCUCCUAUGUGUCAACAAUCCUGAACUUAGGCGUUUAGACGCUUUUUUGCUUUUUGAGAAUGUUUUGUUAAGUUGAUGUUACUUCUGUUGGCCUAGUUGGUCAUUAAAGAGUUUGUCGCUGCAACUUAUCUUUAAAAAUCUACGUUGUUAAUUAGUGAUAUCUGAAGGAAUGGAUGCUGAAAUAUAAUUUUACGAUCAAACGAACUUACCUGAAGUUCGAUCGUAAUUAUAUGAAGCAUCCAUUCCGAAGAUAUCACCUCCCACCCACCCGGGGCCCCGUUGCACGAAAACUCUUCUCACUUUGAAUACAAUGAGAGUAUUGAGACGUGCGGAGUAUGGGCCGGAAGGGGGGACUUUGUUUGCUUUUAAAUCUUGUGGCAUGGUGGUACAGAAACCGAACUACGUUGUUAAUUAGUGAUAUCUUCGGAAUGGAUGCUUCAUAUAAUUACGAUCGAACUUCAGGUAAGUUCGUUUGAUCGUA